ACCCUAAUUUCACCUAAAACCUUUGUCUUCACCAGAUUUUCUCCAAAGCUCACGAGCUUCAUAUACACACAUAUGCCCAAAACCCUAGCAACGGAGCCUUCUCGAAACAACAUAAACCCAGCCCUCUUAGCUCUCACGCCUCGCCAAGUGUUGAUCUCUAGACCGGUUAUUAUGGGGAAAGAGAGCAAAGCCUUGAGCUUGAAAUCGGAGCAGAAGUCUCUCCUUCUCCGUUCGAUAGCUCAGUACUUGGACCGAUGUGGGUUUUCUAAGUGCUUCAAGAAACUGCUCUCCGAAGCCGAAAUCGAGAAGAAGGAAUUGGAUAGUGCAUUACCGGAUCUAGAGGAAGUUUACGGUGUGUUUUUGAACACGAGCAAUCUAGAAGCUGUGGAGGAGAAAGAUGAAGUGGAGAAGAAUGCAUCUGAUGAUCAGAAGAAAGAAGCUGCAGAGGAAGUAAAGAAGGAGAAAAAGAAGAAGAAGGUGGAGGUAACUAAGGAGGAGAAGGUUAAAGAGACUGAUGGUGAGAUUGGAGAUGGGAUUAAAGAGAAGAAGAAGAACAAGAAGGAACCGAAAGUGGAGGUAGCUAAGGAGGAGAAGGUCAAAGAGACUGAUGGUGAGGUCGAAGAUGGAGUGAAAGAGAAAGAGAAAAAGAAGAAGAAGAAGACCAAGUCGAAAGCUGCCGAGUCUGAGACUUUGGGUGAUGAGGAGAGAGUUUCCAAGAAGAGAAAAAGAUCAGAGCCUGAAGAAGAGACAAAAGAACAGACAGAUGAUGAUGAUGAGGACUCUAAACGUAGGAAGAAGGAAGAUAUGGAUGUUCAAGAAACACCUGUUAAGCAAACUGAUGUUGAGGAGAACGGUAACGUUGAAACAAAAUCAACUAAUAAGAAGUCUGGAAAGGGGCUUUCUGACUCUAAAGAGCCGAAGAAACCGUUUCAGAGAGUGAACGUUGAGGAAGUUGUGUUCACUGACGAUAGGCUUAAAGACAACUCUUAUUGGGCCAAGGGUGGUGCUGAUUCGGGCUAUGGUGCUAAAGCUCAAGAGGUUCUAGGGCAAGUCAGAGGAAGGGGUUUCCGACAUGAGAAGACGAAGAAGAAAAGAGGAAGCUACAGAGGAGGAGAGAUUGAUCUUCAAUCACAUUCAGUUAAGUUUGAGUACUCAGACGAUGAAUGAUGAUCAUUUAUCAACACUUUCUUAUUCUCAUUGUUUCCUUUGCUUCUCUUUUUGAUUCUCAUUUUGUUUUGCUUAUUUCAAUAUGUAAAACUAUUCAUGUUUUGUCUGUGUUAAUGUUCCCAUCUGGAACUUGCGGGAAGAAGAUUCUGUUUCAGUUC